AUGUUUCGCACCUGUUUUGCGUCGUCCGGCAAGCGGGUCGUGAGCGGUCUACGAUUUGUCUCUACGCGUGCGUCCAGACGGCCACAUGUUCCGCAGCCCGCGGGCAGUGCCAAGGACUCGCCUUUCAGCAUGCAGCUGCUAGUGAUGGUCGUUGCGCUCGGGGCAGGGUUUGCCAUCGGCCGCACCAGCACGCGGCAGAAUCCGCCGCGCGACCUGUUCCCCGCGGGCUCCACCACGACCAAGGCCGACCUGUGUGCGAGCACGUUCAACUCGCCGGCCGACUAUGCUCUUUUCCAGCGGUGUGUGAAGAAACUCCAAAACGAGCUCAAUUUAAGCAGUGACGACGUGGACGAGGAAUUGUGGCGAGCCAUCACCGAAAAACCCAGCUGGGGCUCUGUGUUGUGGUCCCAUAAAGAUAUAGACACGGCGAAAAUGUACCGAAUCCGGCCCAAGGAUGCCCAGCAGCUGGCAAUGGUGAUGAAGCUGUGCCAGCUGUACCGCGUGCCGGUGCAGGUUGGAGUGCCCUUUGACGGGUACAAAAAGGACCAGUACGGGCUGACGGUUGACCUGGGCCGAAUGGACCGCAUUCUGGCGUACAACGAGCGCACAAAGACCGUCACGUGCGAGUGCAACGCGGACGUGGGCUCGUUUGCAAACAGUUGCGGGCUGAGCGCGAUGAACACCGCCCGGCCGCUCGACCUGGCGCUCUCGUGGCUGGGUUUGACAACUCCUGGUUGCUCCGUCAACGGGUACCCGCUCGAGAGCCUAAAAAGCGCCAAAGUGGUGCUUGCAGACGGAACAACGUUCACCGCCUCGCGCGAGACGCUGCGCAUCCUUGCACCAUUGGGACGCCAGUUUGCGACGAUCUGCGAAAUGGAGAUCGCGCUCGAGCCGCAGACGGACGAGUGUCUUGUGUUGUUUCCAACACACAAUGUGGACAGUCUGGUCGAAUUGGCAGAUCACGCAAAGUUGCCGCUCACGUACGUGGGCAAUUUUGGGUUUGCGCACUGCUCGCUGCAGACAGGAGAGAGCGUGGGCGUUUUCAAAAUGGACAGAAAACAGGCGGGGAAUUUGGUAAAAUUGGCCGAGCGGCUUGGCGAAGCUCACGUCGUGGUGCCUGUUUGCAACUUGCAUCCGCGGACGCCCAGCGAAGUCAGUCCCGUGACAAAUAGCGUCGCAAAGCUCGUGGUCAGCGAGGACUUUGCGCAGGGCCGACUGACAGAGCUGGGCGGUGCAGGUGUGCUGCUGAACGAAGGGCUAGAGUGGGAUGCUGUGCGGCGGCUGAAGCUGGCGAUCGACCCCAACAAAAUACUCAACUCAUCCGAAACGCCUGUGACGUCGUCGGAGUAA